AUGUCGUCUAUUCAACAAUACUGGCCCCCUAUCAGGGACGCUAUCGAGGUCAUCAACGACCCCUCGCAACCCAACUCGACAUCUCGGGUUCAGUGCCCCAUCUGCAUGGACGACAUUGCCGUAACAAGCUUCCCUCCCAUCCCGCAGCGCCAAAUCACGGUUCCGGGUGCAGACCCGACUCUCGGCGAGGUUCUUCUCUGCGGCCACAUUCUAUGCCAGGAAUGUCGUGUUGCCAGUGAAGCUGCCAGUCACCCCCUCGAGAACCGCACAUGUCCCAUGUGUCGCACUUCUCUGCAGUGCAUCGACUGCGGUAAACCCUCACAGGUGAUUCCCAUCCCCAAAGAAGGCCCGGUCACAUCAGUCCCUGCGAUUUUGUCUGAAGGAGGUCGAUGCAGAGAAUGCCAGGCCACUGCAGAAGUUGGAGAGAGUAUUCAGCAAGGGGACUGGCCAGAUGGUCUUCAAGACCUAGAGCCUGGCUUUGUGCCUCUUUUCUACCACUUGGCAGGCAAGCUGGAACAGCAGGGCUACGCCGUUAGUCCACAAAACCUCGUCGAUGCGUUUGCUACCAUUAUUGAGGAUGAGUUUCUGGAAAUGAUAACUGGGCGUGUACAAGCAAUCCAGAGCAGACAUGCUGCUUUGGAGGGACAGACGCCUUGGUUUGCAGACGAUCCUGAUACUCCUGUUCCACGAGCAGCAGACCUUCCCGGGCAUGGUCAGCGUCUACCGAGACUUGUGCCACAGGAGGACAACUGGCCAUUGUCGGGUACAUCGCCUGCGGGACCAGCUCCGCAGCAGAACCCGUGGGGGGCUAUUGGGGAAGCAGUUCCUCAAGGGCCUCCUACUCCUACUAGUCCGUUGGCACGACCUGCAAUGCAGCCUUUCAGCAUGAGGCCACCUCCAAGUUUUGGGGAGGUCUUUGGACAACAAUCUGAAAUGAGCGCUCUUGCUGCAUCGGAGACGUCUGCAGGGCAGGCCCUUGGCCCUCCAACUAUUAUAGAAUGGAUGCCAUUUCCAUCUUCAUCGACGCCAUUUAUCGAAGUGCGCACUGAGGCCGCCCCAUCGACAGCACAUGCAGUGCAUACUAUUGAUCUGACGACACCUCUGUCUUCACCGUCAGCGCACCCAUCUGCACACGAAGUGUUGUUGAGGGAGGUCAUCGAAGAACGUUUCAGGGCCGGGCUAGAUAUUACCGCAUCGGUAGCAGAGCUCAUGGCAGACCGUCAACGACGACAGAGACCUAUAUCACCUCUAGUAGCAUGGUCAAGGGGGCCAACUCUAGACGAUAGAGAGUUUAUCCAUCGACAUGCGGUGGCUGCUAUGAAUGCUCACAUGGUGGCAGAAAUGUCAUCAAACAGUGGAUGGGAUCGUUUUGGGUUUUCUCAUCACGAUACCAGCAAUGACGAUGACUACAUCGAUUUUGACGACUUACUACCAAGCACCGACGAUGAGGGGAGUGAGGAUGGGGAUGAUAGUGGAGACUACAAUGAGUUGAGUAGCAGCCCAGACUCUGACACUAAUAGUGAAGACGAGGAUGUCGAGAUGGCUCCUGCGCCUGACUUGUUCCACUAUGUCUAA